AAAAUAAAAUAAAUUAGAGGAGAGGAGAGGAGAAGCGAGCCAGUUGACACGGCAGCCACUGGUUCCCUGGACGGAGCUCGACUCUCACCUUAACCCUUCUAUUUCUUUCUUCUUAAACAAAUAUUCCUUCUAUCAGAGGAAAAAGGGAUGUCGACGCGUGAGCUGGUAACAGGAGGAGCUGCUUGCGCCGUUUCUGGGUCUUCUUCCUCUUCCUCUAAUCCUCUAGGUGCUCUCGCCAACGCUCUUAUUGGCUCCUCUUCCAAGACCCAGGAGAGACUCAAGGAGAUUCCUAACGCCGCAGCCGCCACUUCCCACACCCAAUUCUACGAUGAUCCUGUUGCUGCUCUUCCUGGCUCUGAGCUCGACCACCCCUUUCUCCAAUCUAACGCUCAGGGUUCUGACUUCAUCAGGGGCUUCCGCACUGCCCAUGACAAUGGACUCGCAGAUGCAUGGGACGAGAUACAGCGUCAACCUCACCUUGACCGCGUUUACAAUGCUGCCCCGGCUCCCCCAAUUCAGCCCACUCUCGAUGGACCACCUCAAAGGGUGCUGUCAAGCUUUCUACACUCAUUUGUUGACAGUAGCCGCAGUGGAAUUCCUUUACAUCCCACUCCACUGCCGCUGUUAGGAUUAUCUCAAGGUGAUAAACAGUGCAUACGUGAUCGUAGCAGCAUAAUGGCCCGGCACUUUUUUGCUGAUAAGAGUGAAGAAUUUAUUAAUUCUCAGGUAAAUGCGCUCUUGAGUUCCUUAGAAAUAGACAGUGAUAGCCAUGCCAAGGGACCCAUGCCUGGGAGAUUUAGAGAGCUGGAGGACUACUGGAAUGAAUCCCAAGGUAUCCUGAAGCCUGGUGCUCAUGCUGCAGAUGGAUGGGUCACUGAAUUCAGCCAACAUAGAGCACAACAUGGUGAUCCUGAUGCUUGGGCUCACUCAUUUGAACAACAGCAUGGUGCUGGUGGUUGGGCCUCUGAAUUUGAGCAGGAACAAGCCCAGUUGACAUUAGUAGAUCAAAUGAGAGGGGGGAAUAUUGUAAACUUGGCUGCAAUUGAGCAGACUCGUAUGCUUGCGCAUACACUCUCUCAAAAUGAUGAUCCUAAAUUUCAGAAUUCAAAGUUUCUUCAAUUUGUAUCAAAGAUGAGUCGUGGUGAACUUAUUAUUGAUGAUAAUCAAGUCAAACCAGCAUCAGGGAGCUGGGCAACAGAAUAUCAACAACAGUUCAAUGGAGGUGCUUCUUGGGCUGAUGAGUUUGUUCAUGAUGAGGUUUCCCAUGGACCAGCCCAAUGGGUCAAUGAGUUUGCCACUGAACGUGAACAAGAGCCAGUAGAUGAUCAAUGGGUAAAUGAAUUCUCAAAGUUGCAUGUUGAUGACUGGACAGAAGAAUUUGGACGUCAAGUUGGCGAAGGGGCUUUGGGAGAUAGUUCGUCUGAUAACUGGGCAACUGCAUAUGAUGAGUUCCUUAAUGAGCAAGUAGCUUCUAAGGAGCGGUCGGAUGCUUCAACGGGUGUCUAUGUAUUUUCUGAUAUGAAUCCAUAUGUUGGUCAUCCAAAUCCCUUAAAAGAAGGUCAAGAGCUAUUCAGGAAAGGGCUUUUGAGUGAAGCAGUGCUUGCUUUAGAGGCUGAAGUUAUGAAAAAUCCUGAGAAUGCUGAAGGUUGGAGGUUGCUUGGAAUAACCCAUGCAGAGAAUGAUGAUGAUCAACAGGCUAUUGCAGCAAUGAUGCGUGCCCAGGAGGCAGAUCCUACCAAUCUGGAAGUGCUUCUUGCUCUUGGUGUGAGUCAUACAAAUGAAUUGGAGCAGGCAGCUGCUUUAAAGUAUCUGUAUGGAUGGUUGCGUCAUCACCCAAAGUAUGGGACUCUUGUGCUGCCAGAGCUUGUGGAUUCUUUGUAUUAUGCUGAUGUUGCUAGAUUAUUCAAUGAAGCUGCUCAGAUGUCUCCUGAGGAUGCUGAUGUACAUGUAGUCCUUGGUGUUCUAUAUAAUUUGUCCAGAGAAUAUGAUAAGGCUAUUGCAUCUUUCAAAACUGCUUUGAAACUUCAACCUAACGAUUACUCUCUCUGGAACAAGCUGGGUGCAACACAAGCCAACAGUGUGCAGAGUGCUGAUGCAAUAUUAGCUUAUCAACAGGCAUUAGAUUUGAAGCCUAACUAUGUUCGAGCGUGGGCAAACAUGGGUAUCAGUUAUGCCAACCAGGGUAUGUAUGAGGACUCAAUCCGUUAUUAUGUUCGAGCACUCGCAAUGAACCCCAAGGCUGAUAAUGCAUGGCAAUAUCUUAGAAUAUCUUUAAGCUGUGCUUCUCGAAAUGACAUGCUGGAAGCUUGUGAUUCAAGGAAUCUAGAGCUUUUACAGAAGGAGUUUCCUCUAUAAUUUGAGAAUGUAGUUGCGAUUUUUUAAGUGGUGGAUGAAUUAUGGGCUCAUAACUGGAAAAAGGGCCAAUGUUACUGUCUAAAAUCUAUUAAAAGCAGAUGCUGAUCAUGCUCAUGUCCCCCUGGGUGCAGCCAGAGCCGUGCUGGUGCAUCCUCUUGGACAAGUUGGGAUAAAUGUGCAUGUGUUGGAAACUUGGGGGAGUUGUAACUUGGGAGUUGGUAAAUAGAAAAGGGUUGAUAGCAUUUGGGGAAUAAGUAGUUGUAUUAUGCGUCAGCAACAUGCAAUAAGGUAUUAAUAUAAUUUGAGAUAUGGGAUCAUAGCAAGGCAGAAAUAUUCGUCAUAGGUGAGAAAGACGGGAAAAGCAAAGAGUCGGCCCAUGGUACAGAUCAUAAAUGCAAUUCUUUCGAUAUAUUUGAAUGGAACCUUUGUUUUGUUUUGUUUCGAUAGAUGAAUGAAAUUCUUUAGCGAUAUAGACAGAAUGAACCUUGAUUGCCGGGGCCCCUCCAGGUUCUGAAUGAAGUCCUUUAGAUAUA